AUGCAGAAGACACUUUUUGGAGACCAGAAUAUCACCUGGACUUUAUUCCGAGAUGCGUUCGAGAGACAGUAUUUCCCAGCUCCUUAUCGUAUGGCAUGUCGACAGGAAUUCUUACAUCUAAAGCAGGGUGAUCGGUCUGUGAUGGAGUAUGAUGCGGAAUUUAACCGAUUGGCUGAGUAUUGCCCUCAUCUAGUUGCCCAGGAGAGCGAUCGGUUAGAUCAGUUCACUCAGGGUCUUGCAGUAUAUAUCCGUAUCAGGAUGUCUGGCUUCGCUCCUAGUACGUACCGGGAGGCGUUGGAUAGAGCUUUGAUGAUUGAGAUGACACAACAACAAAUUUCACUGGAAAAAGGAAAGGAUAAGCAAAAGGCUCAGGGUACGCCUCCAAAUCAGAAACAACGGAACCAAGGUCAGAAGAAACGGAAGAAAUGGAAGGGAUCCCAGGCUACUUCAGGAGAGUCCCAUAUAUCAUCGAAGACGGGACGAUCAUCCGCUGGUUCUUCUAGACCUCCUCAGAAGGAUUCCUCUGGUGGACUUAGAUGUUUUAGAUGUGGUGUUGAGGGUCACGCUAAACCUGACUGCCCAUUGAGCCAAGAUAUAUGUUACUACUGUAAGCUUCCGGGGCAUGUGAGCCGCGAUUGUACUCUGAAGGCUCAGCUACAGGCUGCCAAGGUUACUACUCAAGGAAGUCAUAAUACUCAGACUCGACGGCCGAAGGGACCGCAGAAGACGCAGAGCACUCCACAUCAGCAGAGUAUACCACCUUCUCAGGCACAGUCUCAGCAGUUAGCUACUACUCCAUCAGCACAGUUUCAGUCUGGCACCGAGAUGCCGCCAGCAUGCACGGAGGCAGGACGGGUUUAUGCUAUUACUCGAGAGGAGGCACAGCGGGCCGAGGGAUCGGUCUUUCGGGAUACUGGUAGUUCCCAUUCUUUUAUUUCUCGGGUAUUUCUGAGUAAGAUUUGUAGAUUACCAGUUCGUCGGACUCAUAUAUUAGCGGUAUCUUUACCCUCGGGAGAGAUACUAAAUAUCAGUCAGGAGAUUAGAGAUUGUCCGUUGGAUUUCGAGGGUCAGACCCUUGUAGUGGACUUGCAGGUUCUAGAUAUGCUAGAAUUUGACAUCAUUUUGGGUAUGGACUGGUUGGCCAGAUAUUAUGCUACCGUGGAUUGCAGCGCGAGAGUGGUUACAUUUAGACCUCCGGGUCUACCGUCCUGGGUAUUCAUGGGUACUAAGGAUGAGGGGAUUUCUAUCAUCUCAGCUAUGCAAGCUCAGAGAUUAUUGUCUCAAGGAUGCCAGGGGUAUUUGUUAUCUAUGAUUAAAACUGAUCAGGAUUAUACCCCACCACUUUCUGACAUUCCUAUAGUUCGGGAGUACCCUGACGUAUUUCCAGAGGAAUUACCCGGCUUGCCCCCAAAAAGGCAAGUGGAGUUCACGAUUGAGUUGAUCCCGGGGACAGCACCGGUGUCCAAGGCUCCUUAUCGCAUGGCACCUAAGGAGUUGGAGGAGCUAAAAGUACAGUUACAGGAGCUGCUGGAUAGAGGGUUUAUCCGUCCUAGCGUGUCUCCGUGGGGAGCUCCGGUACUCUUUGUGAAGAAGAAGGACGGAUCGAUGAGAUUGUGCAUCGACUAUCGGCAGCUGAAUGCACUUAGUGUGAGAGAUUCAGAUAUACAGAAGACAGCCUUCCGUACUCGAUAUGGACACUAUGAGUUCUUGGUAAUGCCAUUUGGGCUUACUAAUGCUCCAGCAGUUUUCAUGGAUCUGAUGAAUAGGGUAUUCCUUGAGCUCUUGGAUCAGUUCGUGAUUGUGUUCAUCGAUGACAUUUUGAUAUAUUCUCGAUCCGAAGAAGAGCAUGGGCGACAUCUUCGUAUAGUAUUGGAGGCGCUCCAGCGAGAACGCCUCUAUGCAAAAUUCAGCAAAUGUGCAUUCUGGUUAUCUUCGGUGGGUUUUCUGGGACAUAUUAUUUCUAGCAGUGGUAUAUCCGUGGACCCACAAAAGAUAGAGGCUGUUACCAGUUGGGAGCAGCCAAAGUCUGUACAGGAAAUUCGAAGCUUUCUUGGUCUGGCCGGUAUUACCGCAGAUUUGUUGAGGGCUUCUCUAGCAUAG